AUGACGAGCGCACCAAGCUCUCCGCCAGCUAAAUCGUCGUCGCCAAAGUCGGAACGGGAGCAACUAGCUGAUGACGAGUUGGAAAGGGAAGAAGAACUGGCGCGCCUCGACAACAUCAAAACGGAAGAAGCACGACAAAGGUCGCUAGCUCAGAAAAGGAGGAGAAAGAAAAAGGCCGAGACAAAGUCCGAGCGAGAGGCGAAAGCGAGAGAACUUGACGAAUUACUGAUGAAGAGCGCCGCCUUCAGCGACAUUUUGACCAAGAAGACACAGGUUCUCGGUAGGGUCGGAAGCGGCCUUGACGGCAAAACCCUCGGCGAGCACGACUUGCAGUUGGCAAAGCAGCCGAAGUGUAUGAUCAAUGGCACCAUGAGAGAUUACCAGCUCGAGGGCCUCACCUGGAUGUACGAGAUUUGUUCGCAGGGCAUGAGUGGUAUCCUCGCCGACGAAAUGGGACUCGGGAAAACCGUCCAAACCAUUUCGCUCAUCGCUUUGCUUCGAGAGCAGGAGGGCUACCUUGGUCCGCAUCUCAUCGUUGCCCCUCUCAGCACCUUGUCCAACUGGAUGGACGAGUUCCACAAGUGGACGCCGUCCAUACCCGUCACCAUGUACCACGGCAACAAGCAGCAGCGAGAGGAUAUUUUCCGCACCAAGAUGAUGCGAAAUCUCCAAGGUGGAAGGCCGACGAAGCAGUUUCCCGUCGUCUGCACAUCGUACGAAAUGGUCUUGCGUGACCAGCAUAAUCUUUCUCGCAUCAACUGGGAGUUCAUCAUCAUUGACGAGGGCCACCGCAUGAAGAACUCGGAAGCCAAACUGUUUCAGCAGUUGCGCCAGUUCUCCUCAGCAACCCGGCUGCUCAUCACGGGCACCCCGCUGCAGAACAACCUGAAAGAACUGUGGUCCCUGCUGCACUUCCUGCUUCCCAACAUCUUCACCGACUGGGACGCUUUCGAGUCUUGGUUUGACUUCUCUGACCUCGAGGACGAAAAAGGUACCGAAGAGUUCAUCGGCGAUCAGAUGAAACAAGAUUUGGUGAAGAAAAUGCACCUCAUCCUGCAACCUUUGCUCCUCAGGCGCAUCAAGCAGGAUGUUGCUGCCCACUUGCCGAAGAAGCGCGAAUACGUUCUAUUCGCCCCGAUGACCAAGGAGCAAACGGAUCUGUACAAUGCAUUCACCGACAAGGAAGUCGACGUCAGGGCCUACCUCGAAAACAAGGUCGUGGAAAAGAUCAGGAAUGAAACCCCAGCGGGCCGCUCAACGAGCCGAGCAACCCGAUCUCGACAGUCGAGUCGGACCGCCAAGUCCAAAGGUAGCAACGGCAGCAAGCUUUCUCUUCCUUUGCGAGAGAGCCCCCUAACAAGGAGUCAAGAAGUUCCUGCAAUUUCCAGGCCGAACGCUUUUAGCCUUAUGAUGGGGAAGCGUGAGCCCCGCGGACCCAAAAAGAAUUCUGAAAAGGCAGCAGCCCAAACACUGACAGGCUGCGCGAAGCGAAAGAGCCCACCCAUCUCGCUGGCAUCCGAAUCGAAGAGCGCCAAGUCGAGCAGGGGUUCAACUCCUGCUAGCACUCGAGGCCGUUCCCUGCAAGCGAAGGUGUACAAGGACAUCAACUCAGACGAAGAAGAUGCCCUGUCUGAUGAUGCCUUCGAGUCUAAACUUGCAGAUGAGCUCGCAGAUAGCGAUGAGGAAGUCAUUGACAGCAGACCAUCCGAGGAGAUUGAGCUGGAAAAAAAUGUCGACUUGGCCAAAAAGCAGCUUGCGCAAAAAAAGCUGGGAAACCCGCUCGCACAGCUACGGUUGGUUUGCAACAGCCCACACAACUUUUACUGUCCUUGGGCAAUGAACACGGACAUGGCCGUUGAUCAGUCCAUCGUCACCACAUCGGGCAAGAUGCUACUGCUCGAUCGACUGCUCCCGAGACUCUUCAAGGAUGGCCACAAAGUCCUCAUCUUUUCCCAGUUCACCACCCAGCUGGAUAUUCUCGAGGAUUAUAGCAGGGAGCUCCGGGGAUGGAACGUCUGUCGCCUCGACGGCUCUGACCACAAGCUGUUCCUCCUAUCCACUCGCGCAGGCGGCCAAGGCAUCAAUCUGGCCUCGGCCGACACUGUCAUCCUCUUCGACAGCGAUUUUAAUCCCCAGCAGGAUCUCCAAGCUCAGGAUCGGUGCCAUCGAAUCGGUCAGACCCGUCCUGUCAUUGUCUACCGCCUUGCCACACGGGGGACCGUCGAGGAAUCACUACUCAUGUCUGCCAACGCCAAACGACGGCUCGAGAAACUCGUCAUCAAAAAGGGUGGCUUCCGCACCAUGGGUCAGAAGAUGGACAAAUCCGAGGAAGAUAUUGGUGCCGAGACGUUGCGCGUGUUGCUUCUGAAGGAUGGCCUCGAAUACCAAACCUCGACCACGGCCGGGGAUGACGUUCUGAGCGAUGCAGAUCUCAACGCGCUGUGCGAUCGCAGUGAUGACGCGUUUGACAAAGCAGCCAGCGGUCUGGGUGAUGCAGACAGGUACCGCAUUGUCGAAACCGGUUCCGAUUCGAUCAAGAUGAUGGGCAGCAAAAAAUAA